UUUUUAUAGAUAAAGUUAAUUAAGUAAAAAUCCAGAAUUAAUCAUUUCAACAACCUGCCAUCCACAUCAGCGCAAAUCCUGGCCAGCAGAGCUAUCUACGUAUGUCUAUACGCGCAGACAUAAUUUUGAUCCAUCGAUACCGGAUAUCAACCAGCCUUGGAUCCACGGAUUGGGUGUGAGAACGCAUCGGCAGAGUGCUGAAACGACCAGAGUCAUCGGCAUCGGUGAAGAUCUUCGUGCUUGUGCUUUCGUUGUGACCCUAUCGCACGUCGUCGAGUCGACCUUCGCAAAAGUCUGCAAGCAGCCCGCGUCAGCUUCACUGCUAGCUGCCUUGCUGUGCUCGACCGUGGUGGUGAUUGCAACUGUGAGUACUUAGCGCCUGCCUUUAUUCGAUUCGCGAAAUGACUGGCAAAUAUGAUUUUGUGUUUCACGCCGCGUUAGGUCCUAAUCAAGAAGCGGACUCGGAAACGAUAAAACAUUUAAACCGUAGACGAGGUUCCGUAAAAUGUAGGCUGACUAAUUUCAAAAAGUUUGUAAAAACAUUUGAGGGUUUAACUUUGUCCGAUACCCAACGCACAGAGCUCAAUUUACGCAUGCAGGGAGCUCAGGGUAUUUUCGAUGAUUUUAGUGAAAUUCAUAAUCAGUUAGAAAGUUUAAUUCUCGAUAGCGAAAUGGACUCACUUUUUGAAACCAGAGAGGUGUUUGAAAGCGAAUAUUACGCGAUUUUAGCUCAAACGCAAUGUAUGGUGAAAUGCUCGGAGAAAGCUAAUGAACCUAUAGUGCAAGCUUCUAAUAAUUUGGCGCAAACAGUUCGGCUCCCCGUCAUUUCUUUGCCUACCUUUGACGGAUCUUAUGAACACUGGUUACAAUUCCGUGACACAUUCGCGUCUUUAGUGCACAACUCGCAAGAAAUAACCAGCAUUCAAAAGUUCCAUUAUUUAAAAUCAUCGCUCAAGGGUAAUGCGCUUCUUGUUAUCGAUUCGCUUGAGUUUUCGGCAGAUAAUUACGCAAUUGCUUGGGAAUUACUACUGAACCGGUAUGACAAUAGUAGAUUGCUAGUGCACAAUCACGUAAAGGCCUUGUUUUCUAUACAAUCGCUUAACAAAGAAUCGCCGGCACUGUUAAGAAAGUUAUUAGAUACAGUUUUAAAGAAUUUACGCGCUUUAAAAUUGCUCGGUGAGCCCACAGAAAGUUGGGACACACUAAUUAUUUAUUUAGUCUCUAAAUUAGACCCCACCACCGAACGUGAGUGGGAGCAAUACAAAAGCACUUUAUUACCAGUGUCGAACGAAAACAAAACCGCGCUUAAGGUAGAUGAUUUGCUAAAAUUCAUUCGCGACCGCGCUGACAUGUUGGAAACAUUAUUGGUUACGCACAGCCGGUCCAGCUCACAUAGCACUUAUCCGCAGCAUGAUGCUAAAAAAUCAUACACUCAUAACGCGCACACGGCUCCAAAGGUUCACUGUAAUGUUGUCACCGAAAAGUCCGUGGACAAAUCUCACUCCAAACAAACACCUAACAAAAAAUUAUGCAUUAUGUGCAACGGUAAACAUCCUUUGUACUCGUGUCAAGCAUUCAUUGAUUUAAGUUUGCAAGAUAAAUUAAAGUUAGUUCGCGAUAAAUGUUUGUGUGAGAAUUGUUUACGAACAGGGCAUGCGCCCAGUGAAUGCCGAUAUGGCCCGUGCAGAAAGUGUAACAAAAAACACAAUUCCAUAAUUCACGAGGACGAGGAGGAAGGUGCCAGUGACAAGCGCUCCGUAGCGUUGCUGGCAACAGACAACGCAUCAAAGUCGCCCUCCUCCUCGAUCUCUGAUAAUAAUAUCGCACGCGCACAACACGUAUUGCAGGUAUCGAACGCACACAUAGACGAAGACUUAUACGCGCGAUUGUCUUCGAGGCGUCCUGUAAUAUUAGCAACCGCCAUUGUCGAAAUUCCAGAUAGUUACGGUAACUAUCAUAAAACGCGAGUGAUUCUCGAUAAUGGGAGCGAAGGUUGUCUAAUUACCGAAGCGUUGUGUGACAAAUUAAAUCCGCUAUGUAUACAGUCCACAGAAGAACUAAACGGUAUCAUGAAUUUAGCUACACAUAGUUCGCGAGUAUGUGAGAUCGAAAUAAAUUCACUUGUUACCAAUUUUAAGGCGCGAUUACAAUGUCGAGUUUUACCGAAGUUAACCUCGUCAUUGCCUACGUUUCCGAGUAAACGUAAUCAAUUCCGCAUUCCAGACAACGUACGUCUGGCAGAUCCCAGCUUUCAUGAAAGUCAACCUGUUGAGGUCCUUAUAGGAGCUGACAUAUUCUGGGAGCUCCUCGUAGGGAUAGUUGAGAUAAGGCGCUUAACGAACGGAUCAUUUUUAAUAAAUACCCAGUUAGGAUGGAUCGUUUCUGGACCUGUCUUCUCUAAUACGCGCAAUACAAAGCCUAUUAAUUGUAAUUUUAUGCAAUCUCUUGACGCGACCUCAUUAGAUAAUCAAUUACGUAGGUUUUGGAAAAUAGAGGAGGUGCAGGUAGAUUGGGACGCAGCUGUGCCCGAUGACCUCACGCAAGCCUGGCACCGCUUCGUAAGCAACCUGGCUAUUUUACCUAACAUUCGCAUACCACGUCAUGUUAUGUGCAAUGAUCCUAUAUACCCGCAAGACUACACCCCUUUAACCCCUGCUCAUUUCCUUGCUGGACGUCCGCUGACAGCCCCUGCGUGCGCUGACCUCAACGACGCUCCCGUGCACCGUCUGUCACGAUACCAGCGAGUGGAACAAAUGCGACAACAUUUCUGGGCCAGGUGGUCGAAGGAGUUCAUAUCCGAGCUGCAGGUCAGGACAAAGUGGACGCAAAAUUUUGACGACCUAAAGGUGGAUACCCUCGUCCUAAUCAAGGAGGACCAUGCUCCGCCCCUCAAAUGGAGCUUAGGGCGAAUCACCAAGACUUACCCGGGCAAAGACGGCGUCUCCCGAGUAGCCGAUAUCCGCACAUCCCGCGGCACUGUACGCCGAGCUUUUUCGAAAAUCUGCCCGCUACCUACGCAUGAUGAUGACUAA